AUGGUCACGUACGAUCCGGAUGCCAAGGUCAAAUGCGAGGUAUGCGGUAUAAUUUCCAAAAACAGAAUCGCCUUAGAUGUCCACGUGUCGAGAUUUCAGAGCAAUCGGACACGACCAAGUUGUGACACUUGUCACCAGACAUUUUCCAGACUUUCCACUUUACGGCGGCAUAUUCGCUCUGCCCACAUCACGAAGGAGCGGCCCCGUUUCCCCUGCACGUUACCCGAAUGUGAAAAAACCUACCUAAAUAAGGACCACCUUUCACGACACGUAAAUUUUGAACACGCCGUGAAUCCGGCCCGCUUUCGGUGCGCACUUUGCGGAAUGGGAGUCAACAGGAAGGAGUUACUUGAGCGUCACAUUCCCACGCACACGACGGAGAAGCCGUACAGUUGUGCUACUUGUGGGAAGAGUUUCACCGAGAAAUCGCGCGUGAAAAGUCACGAGAAGACGCACCUAGAAAAGUCUAACCGGCUCAUGGCAAAGUGUCCCUUGUGUCCUAAGACCUUCUUCACUAGAGAUGGUCUACAAAAGCACAUCCGAGUUGGACAUGCAAAUCGGAGGGAUUAUCCGUGCAUAUCUUGUGACAAGAGGUUCUCAAGCUCGUCACACUUGAAGCGUCACGUGGAGGCGAGGCAUGUGAAUGAUAAAAAACUCAUCUAUUCCUGCGACAAGUGCGAUUACAAAAGCCACUCGAGUGACAAUUUUGCUUCUCACAGAGUACGUCACAAUCCAGCGAAGCAUGGUUGUUACUUCUGUGGGAAGAAAUUCUUCCAGUCUUACGAAUUGGCCUGCCAUUUUCGAGUUCAUACCAUGGAAACGUAAAAAUACUUAGGUAGAUAUAUGAUUGUGGGCAUAUCAAUAGCUGAAAAUAUUGUUAUUGUUAAAAUAUUUCACAAACGGAUUUGUAAUGCGAAACACAUACGUUAUUUAAUGUUAAGUAAGUACGUUAU